AAUUUAUUCCAAGACCGAACAAAACCAUAUCAUAAUUAGGGUUAGGGUUGGGGAAAAAAUUGAACUGAAACAUGGGAAGCAAAAAGAAAUCAGCGAAGAAGAUUGAGCUCGAAGAAGACGCAACAAAUUCUUCAAUCACAGCAAUCAGUGAUGAUGAUGAAGAAGCAAACAAGGAUCUCAGCCUUGAAAUUAUUCAAAAAGCGCUUCACAAUCGUUCAACAAAUCUCCAAAACGGCGCCGCAUUGGAUGCUCCAAGAGUAAUUGCUGAUUCCAAAGUGGAUAGUGAUGAUAUUAAGUUAAAGAGGAAGAAGAAAAAGAAAAGGAAGAAGCUUGAAUCUGAAUUUGAAGCUGCUGUUAUAGUUGAAGAAGAAGAAAAAGAAAAUGUAGAGACAAUUGAGGUUGCGGAGAAAGUGGAGCAUGCCAAAGCAGAGACAAGUGUUGUUGAUACAAGCGACGAUGCUGUAUUGCGAAACACUGGCUUUAAAUCGCACAGUGUGGAGAUCAAAACUCAGAAAAAGAAGAAGAAAAAGAAAAAGCUUGAAUCUGAAAUUGAGGCUGUAAAAGCUGUUGUAGUUGAAGAAGAAAAGGAAAAUGUAGAGAUAAUUGAUGAAGUUGUGGAGAAAGUGCAGCAUACCGAAGUAGAGACAAGUGUUGUUGAUAUGAGCGACGAUGUUGUACUGCGUAAGUUGCUUGUGAGUUGUAAUAUUUGUUCUGAAAUGUUGAAAGUGCUUUCUAACGCUGUAUUGAAUGCACUGACAGGAAACGCUGGUUCUGAAUCGCAUAGUGAGGAGAUUAAGACUCAGAAAAAGAAGAAAAAGAAAAAGCAUGAAUCUGAUGUUCAAACUGUAAAUGCUGUUAUAGUUGAAGAAGAAGAAAAAGAAGCUGUAGAGACAAUUGAAGAUCCAGAAAAAGUGGAGCCUGGUAAAGCAGAAACAGGGGUGGUUAAUACGAGUGACAAUGUUGUUCUGCGUAAGCUGCUUCGUGGUCCUAGGUAUUUUGAUCCUCCAUCAGACAGUGUUAGUAUUUGGGGAACAUGCUUUAAUUGCGGUGAAGAAGGCCAUGCUUCUUUCAACUGUACAGCUGCUAGGCGCAAGAAACCUUGUUUUAUAUGUGGCAGUUUGAGUCAUAAUGUCAAAAAAUGCACUAUGGCACGAUAUUGCUCUACCUGCAAGAUAGUUGGUCACCGGUCUAAAGACUGUCCAAAGAAGCACGGCGGCGAUUCUAAUUCUAAAAGCUUGACAGUGUGCUUGAGAUGCGGGAAUUUUGGGCAUGAUAUGUUUUUUUGCAAAAAUGAUUAUUCGCAGGAUGAUCUCAAGGAAAUACAAUGUUAUGUCUGCAUGAAAUUUGGCCACUUAUGCUGCGUCAACACAACAGAGGCUAUGCCAAAAGAAUUUUCUUGCUACAGAUGUGGUCAAAUGGGUCAUAUUGGUUGGGCAUGUUCAAGGUUGCAAAAUGAGGCCACUGAUGCUGCCACGCCUAGUUCAUGCUAUAAUUGUGGUGAAAAAGGACAUUUUGCCCGAGAAUGCUCAAGUUCUGUUAAGGCAAGCUCACGGUGGCAACCCGAGACCAAUGAUACAGCCACACCUAGUUCAUGCUAUAGGUGUGGUGAAAAGGGACAUUUUUCCCGAGAAUGCCCAAGUUCUGCUAAGGCAUGUUCAAGGUGGCAACCCGAGACCAAUGAUCCAGCCACACCUAGCUUAUGCUAUAGGUGUGGUGAAGAAGGACAUUUUUCCCGAGAAUGCCCAAAUUCUGCCACGGUAGGCAAUAGGAAACAUAAAUUAUGGGAAACACCAAGAUCCCAAAAAGAGAAUGGCUACAUGGGAUAUGAGUCUGCACCUCAUGAAUAUGGUAAUUCUAGUAAAAAGACAAGGCUUUAUACUGAAGAAAGUGACAUUAAAACACCAAAGAAAUCAAAGCAUAGAGGUGGUUGGAUGACAGAGCAUCCGGGUGAAUUCUCUCCUUCCAAUUCCAAAAGGGAUAGUUGGAGGUCUCCAGUAACACCAUGUACUUAUAAUAGUACUAACAAUCAUCGUUAUUUUAAUAAUGGUACCGGUAGUCACACUUUUGGUUCUAAAUCUUAUAAGAUGGGGAAUUUUCAUGAUGGAACCCCUAAUUCCGAAGGAUCAGGAAGGACUUUUCAUCAUGGGUACUCAGCUUCUAGGUUCACCAACACGAGUAGUAAUGGAUUUCAGAGAAAUUACAACGGGUGGUAGUUUACCAGAAAUCUAGUCUACAUUAUAAGACGAGGAAUGUUCAUGAUGGAACCCCCUAAUUCCGAAGGAUCGGCCAAGACUUUUAAUUCAUCAUGGAUACUCAACUUAUAGGUUCGACAACACAAAUAGUAAUGGUUUUCAGAUAAAUUAUAUUGGGUGGUAGCUUUCCAGAGUCUAGAUUAUAAAUCUAUCAUACCAUGUGAGUGUUUUUUUGGCAACUCAUUUUUCAAGUUUUGUAACUCAUUCAUGUUUCUUUCUCAUUUAUUCUUUGUAGCAUUAUGUUGUAAUAACUUGUUUCUUUGAA